AUGGAUCUGAUCAACUCUACUGAUGACCUGGUCUCCGCUGUAGUAAGAAACAGCACUCAUGUUCCUGCUCCUGCCCCCAGACUGGUCCUUGUCCUUCCUUUGUUCAUGGCGUUCAUAGUUGGUUCCAUCACCAAUGGCCUCUAUCUGUGGGUGCUAAAAUGCAAGAUGAAAAAUUCAGUCAAUACUCUCUUAUUUUUUCAUCUCAUUCUCUCAUAUUUUAUUUCAACAUUGAUCCUACCAUUUCUGGCCACCUCCUAUCUUCAGGACAACCACUGGACCUUUGGAAGCGCUUUAUGCGAGAUCUUCAACAGCACUUUGAGUCUGGCGAUGUUCGCCUCUGUUUUGUUCCUCUCGGCCAUCAGUCUCGAUCGUUAUCUUCUCACUCUUCACCCGGUGUGGUCCCAACAGCACCGAACCUCACACUGGGCUUCCAGAGUCGUUCUGGGAGUCUGGCUCUCUGCUACUGUCCUCAGCGUGCCCUAUUUGGUUUUCAGGGAGACAUAUGAUGACCGUAAAGGAAGGGUGACCUGCCGAAAUAACUACGCUGUGUCCACUGACUGGGAAAGCGAAGAGAUGCAAACAGUGAGACAAUGGAUUCAUGCCACCUGUUUCAUCAGCCGCUUCAUACUGGGCUUCCUUCUGCCUUUCUUAGUCAUCGGCUUUUGUUACGAAAGAGUAGCCCGUAAGAUGAAAGAGAGGGGCCUCUUUAAAUCCAGCAAACCCUUCAAAGUCAUGGUGACUGCUGUUAUCUCUUUCUUUGUGUGCUGGAUGCCCUACCAUGUACAUCAGGGCUUAAUUCUCGCGAAGAACCAGUCGUUACUUGUAGAAUUGACUUUGAUCCUUACAGUGUUUACCACGUCUUUCAAUCCUGUCUUUUCUCCCAUACUUUAUCUAUUUAGUGGGGAGAACUUCAAAAACGUUUUCAAGAAGUCCAUUCUUGCUCUAUUUGAGUCAACAUUCGGUGAGGAGUCUUCUGCAGAAAGAACACAAAACCUACAUUCAGGAGUCAACGUUUAA